AUGGCCUCUGCACCACCUCUUGCAAAACGAAAAGACCCACCUACUACUCCACUUUCAGAACCUACACCCAAAAACCCCAAAACUUCAGCUUCCAUACGACAGAGGAUUGGCAUUUCUACCUCUACCCCACAAGCCAAAUCACCCUACUCUAGCAAGAAACAACCUUCAUCAGCGGCAACACAGGGUCCCAUAUACAGGCAUAAAGGUGAUAUAGUCAUGGGUGGGCUUAUAACUGUUAUAGCUAAACAUUUUGGUUUUGAUCCGGAAGAGCGUCCUCUACCAGAACUUUCAGACACUCUAUAUUUUGAUGCUACUCACUUAUCCAAGACUGGUUUCAGUUUGCCACCAUCUGACACUGCACAACCAGAGGCACAACCUGCACCAGCAGUCCAACAGCAUUCUGCUGAACCUGUACCACCUACUCAGAAGCUUGAAUCUAGUCUUGAUACCCUUAAGGAUCGUCAUGAUCAACUCUUUGAUCUUGUUAUGGAAACCAAAGACAAGCAGAAAGAGUUAAAAGAGAUGAUGAAGCAACUCAUGGCUUUUCUGGGUAUGCCACCUCCACCUCCAUCACCUCCUCCAAAACCACCCCUUCAGCAGCAACCAGCUCCAUCCAGUCCUCUAGUAGCACCUUUGGACAAGGGCAAAACCAUAGAAUUAGAUUAA